UGUCCACUUUAAACGAUGGACUUUAAAUUACAUGGACACGUUUAAGUGAAAUAUUGGAAGAAGAAUCGGUCUUCAUUGCGCGUCCCCGGCGCCGCUCGGGGGCGAGCUCGAGGCGGGACGCGCGCUCCACUGUCACGCGCAGCGACGUGGAGCGGGAGAGAGCAACGCUGAGGAUGAAGCUGACGAGCCCCCUGCUGGUUUUGGGCCUGGUGGUCUUGGGUCUGGUUCAGGCACAGAUGGAGGAUGAGGAGCCGGUGGCGGAGGAAGAACACGUGGAGCUCUUCACCACACCCACCACCAAGAUGGCCGCAGCCACCUCUGACUUUGGCUAUAACCUUUUUCGUGCGCUGGCAAAUCGCGAGGCGUCGACCAACAUCUUCCUAGCUCCCAUCAGUGUGUCAGCGGUUCUGACCCAACUGUCCAUGGGUGGUUCCGAGCAAGCCCAGAGGCAAUUGUAUCGGGCCCUGAGGUACCACACCCUGCAGGACCCUCAGCUCCACAACACCCUCAGAGACCUCCUGACCUCCGUCAAGGCAGCCGGCAAAGGCCUCAGCAGCGCCGCUCGCAUCUACCUGGCCAGACGCCUGCGUCUCAAGCAGGACUUCUUCACGCUAGUGGAGCAGCAGUACGGCGUGAGACCCAAAGCUCUGCAGGGCGGAUCACGAGACACCAAAGACAUCAAUGACUGGGUCGCCCAGGAGACGGGCAGCACUGUACAGCGCUUCUUGACUAAGCCCCUCCCCCGAAACCCUGGCAUCAACACCGUGAGCGCUGCAUCCUUCAAAGGGAAGUGGGCGACGGCGUUCCGUCAGACGGAAACGUUGAACUUCCAGCAGGAGGGCAAAGCACCCGUUCGUGUUCCCAUGAUGCAACAGGACAACUACCCCAUCAAGAUGGGCGUGGACCCGGAUUUGAGCUGCACGAUUGCUCAGAUCCUCAUGCAAAACGACGUCAGCAUGUUCGUCUUCCUGCCCAACGACGUCACCUUCAACUUGACCUCGCUGGAGGACACUCUGACGGCCGAGUUUGUGCAAGACCUGUCCAUGACGUUACAUCCUGCCCACGUGUCCCUGACGCUGCCCGCUCUCAAGCUCAGCUUCUCAACCGAUCUUCUGCCGUUGCUCACAGACCUGGGGCUCUCUGAUUGGCUGGCCAACACGGACCUGGAGAAGAUCUCAGCGCAGCCUGCCAAGCUCGUCACUGUCAAUCACAAGGUCGUCAUGGAGACAGCCAUUGAGGGUAACCAACCGCCCCCCGCGCCAUCCACCACCAGUCACCUGACCUACCGCGUGGACCGACCCUUCGUCUUCCUCAUCCGCGAUGAAGUUUCGGGGGCGCUGCUCUUCAUCGGCAGGGUCAUCAAUCCCAAAACCCUCACUGUGUAACGUGCACACACGCACGUGCACACACUCUUAGCAGGCCCUAGGAGGGAAGUGGAAAUAUUCAAGAUGCCCUUCAAACACUUCGCAUGUUCACGAGUUCAAAAGAUCCUUUUUUAUCACAAACCUUUUAUUGGUGUUACACUCUUGUUACACUUUUGUGACAUUUGUGUUCCAAAGAAAUAAAGACAAUAGAAAAAACAAAUGUGACUCUAGUGCCACCAUCAGGACGAAGUGAGGAAGGCAAUUCUUUUGCGAGGUGGGGCAGCAAACAAAACCUUUUGUUUGCCCCCAACAACAACAACAUUAAAGAAACACUUUCUAACACACAAUGAAGUCACUGCAUGUGGAACACAUCAUGUUACACACUAACCAUUCGACGGCUCCUCCUCCACAAUGUGCACGAAGCUGCAGCACGGAGGCAGCCUGUGUGUGUGCGAGUGCGUGAGACAUAUGGUUUUGAUUUUGCUGACACAUUCCUGAAGCAAAUAAUUACAACAACAAGUCUGUCCUACUUUUUUUUUCAUCUUCAUGUUGGUCAAGGAAGAAUAAAGGCACAAAAUGUA